CCUGUACUGUUACGUCCUAUCAGAAAACCAUUUCUUUCUCGUUCCAUUAUUUCUUCUCAUGAAUUACCAGUAAAUGGGGAGCAAUGCGCAUCGCCAUCUCGAGCUCGACGUUCAAGAUUACCAAAGUAGCCAAAAUGGGGGGCGUCGGGAUGACACUGCCGCUUUCGAACAAGCCAUUGACAUUAUUCGAAGUAAUGGAGGCGGUCGACUGAUUAUACCCGGAGCUCCAGACGGAUCCUUCAACCUAUACCGUAUCCGACCCAUCAAUCUCACAUCCCACCUGGUCUUGUUUUUGCAAAAGAAUGCCGUCAUAACCGCGAUUGCCGACGAAUCCGUGUGGCCUCUCAUUCCGCCCUUGCCCAGCUAUGGACAAGGACGGGACCACGUCGGCCCGCGUUACAGUAGUCUAUUACACGGGGAAUACCUCACCAACAUCACUAUACGGGGUGAACCAGACAGUCCCGGAAUCAUUGACGGGCAAGGGCGAUACUGGUGGGACCGGCGCCGCCACAAUCGGGAUCGAUACACCCGGGGUCACUUGGUGGAAUUCAUGUAUUCCUCCCGGAUCCGUAUGUAUAAUCUACGUUUGCAAAAUUCGCCCUUUUGGACCAACCAUUUUUACGAUUGCGACGACGUGCAUGUGCAAAAUGUGCACGUCAAAGCGCCCUGGAGUUCGCCUAAUACCGACGGAUGGGAUCCCGACAGUAGUCGGAACGUCCUGAUUGAAGACUCCACCUACCGGGGCGGCGAUGAUUGCGUGGCAAUCAAAUCGGGAUGGGACUGUUUCGGCAUCGACUACGACACACCGUCGGAAAAUAUUACCAUCCGCAACGUUACGUGCCAAGGGCCGUACGCAGGAAUUGCGAUUGGGACCGAAAUGAGUGGCGGUGUGAGAAAUGUGACCGUAGAAAACGUUACUUUCACGUACGCCAACAAACCGGCGAACAUUAAAACCGGAAACACUCGGGGCGGAUACGUGCAUGAUGUUGUGUAUCAAAACAUUCGAAUAACGGGGCAUAUUGACCAGGCUAUUCAUGUGGACAUGUACCAUUAUCAUAACACUCCAAAUCCGUCCUGCUCCAACAAUUAUCAACCCAAUCAGUUGCCGCAUCUACGAGACCUCUACUUUUUCAAUUUUGAAGGAACCCAAGCAUUGACAGAGAGUCACGAAGUCUUCCACUUUGUAGGCCUUCCCGAAAGUCCAAUCGAAUACGUCUUCUUGGAGAACAUAUCGUUUCCGACUCCGGUGUCGAGUUUGGGAUGGAAUUGCUCAAAUGUGCAGGGCUCUGUGAAGAAUAACAGUGUCACCCCUUGGCCUCCCUGUCCCGAAUUUCCGUCGGUGACGGUGGAAAAUUCUGAGACGAUGUCACCUUGGAAUGCUUUCCUCACUUUUCUCUUCUUGACAACAGCGGUCCUUGGGAGAGCGUAA